GCAGUUCCAACGUAUGCGCAAACACCAGGAAGCGAGCACUUUGUUGGUGUAGCGACUCUUUUUAUUCCGUGAGAGGUUCUGAGGUUGAUCGAGUCCUUUUGCCAACGAACGUCGGUUGAACUCAAACCGGAGAGCCAGCUAUCGUGGAAGCCGCACGUUGUGGGUGACCAACAUUUGGGUUUUGAUCGUGGAAUCGGACGUUUGACUUGCCAGGCAAGGGCGUGUUUGAAUUUCAAGUGUUGGUCAGUUCUCAAGAAGAUGGGAUGUACUCUGAGCACGGACGACAAGGCGGCGCAGGAGCGGAGCAAGAUGAUCGACAAGAACCUGCGGGACGACGGAGAAAAGGCUGCCCGGGAGGUCAAGCUGCUGCUGCUCGGUGCUGGAGAGUCUGGAAAAAGUACAAUUGUUAAACAGAUGAAGAUCAUCCAUGAGGCGGGCUACUCAGAGGAGGAGUGUAAGCAGUACAAGGCCGUGGUCUACAGCAACACCAUCCAGUCCAUCAUCGCCAUCAUCAGAGCUAUGGGACGCCUCAAGAUCGACUUUGCCGACCCAGCCAGAGCGGACGAUGCGCGCCAGCUGUUCGUCUUGGCAGGUUCGGCGGAAGAGGGCUUCAUGACCGGCGAGCUAGCCGGGGUCAUCCAGCGGCUGUGGAAGGACGGAGGCGUUCAGGCCUGCUUCAGCCGCUCCCGCGAGUAUCAGCUCAACGACUCUGCAGCGUACUACCUAAAUGACUUGGACAGGAUAUCCCACGGUGCUUAUGUGCCCACCCAACAGGAUGUGCUGAGGACCAGAGUGAAGACCACAGGCAUUGUGGAAACGCACUUUACCUUCAAGGACCUGCACUUCAAAAUGUUUGAUGUCGGUGGACAGCGAUCCGAGAGGAAGAAGUGGAUUCAUUGUUUUGAGGGAGUCACUGCCAUCAUCUUCUGUGUGGCUCUGAGUGACUAUGACCUGGUGCUGGCUGAGGACGAGGAGAUGAAUCGAAUGCAUGAGAGCAUGAAGCUGUUUGACUCAAUCUGCAACAACAAGUGGUUCACCGACACCUCCAUCAUACUCUUCCUCAACAAGAAAGACCUGUUUGAGGAAAAGAUCAAAAAGAGCCCUCUCACAAUCUGCUACCCAGAAUAUGCAGGCUCCAACACCUACGAAGAGGCAGCGGCUUACAUCCAGUGCCAGUUUGAGGACCUGAACAAGAGAAAGGACACGAAGGAGAUCUACACCCACUUCACCUGUGCCACCGACACCAAGAACGUGCAGUUUGUGUUCGAUGCCGUCACCGACGUCAUCAUCAAGAACAACCUGAAGGACUGUGGCCUUUUCUGAAGGCAGCGUGGUUGCUGGCAUGCCGAGUGACUUUAUUCAAGGGGACUCAGACUGGAGGGAACCUCGCGGACCCUGCUGAGAAUGUCACUUUUAACCUCUUAUUAACUUAUGUUCAUCUCUAAAAGUUUUAAAGACGGUGUGUAGAAAACAUUUUGUGUAAAAUAUAUUUGUACAACUGUCUAUGGAUGGGGAUUUUUCACAGUUUUUAAAAUGUGCUUGUUUUACCUUUAUUGUUAUUAUUUUAUAUAAAGGGGGGGCCCUUUGAGUUUUAUUUUUUCCAUGAAUGAACACCUUUUGUUUUAGGUCCUUGUGCCUUGCAUGCUUUAGUUGCAGUGUGUGUUCUUUUUGUUGAGUUAGAUGUUAGGUUUAUGUAAAUGUUACCAUAGAACUUUCCCGAGCCGCCCCUCUGCCCCCAAGUCCAUAUGAACUGUUUCUUUCUGAUGCUUUUCUUUUUUGCGUCCUUAGACAAACCAAACAAGACCAACUCACUCUGACAUACUGUGAGAGCCGUGUGUAAACCUUUUCCAAUGUGAGACUUGCAUGUAAGUUGGAGCUUUGAUUUGAUUGAGGCCAAAAGCCGGCGCGAGUGAUUCUUUGUGUGUGAGAGAGAGAGUGUGUGUGUGCGUGUGUGUGUGUGAUAGAGAGCGAGAGAGAGAGAACGUGUGCACAAUGAAAAACAAAGGGACUUUAUUCCUCUACUUGUCAUCCUCUUUCAAAGUUUUAUUUUUCUAAGCAACCAAAAAGAAGCUACUCUGUAAUUAACGAAUGCGCGUUGUUUGUGCGCCUCGACAAACUGUAACAUUCCUUUUAUUGAAUCAAGAAGCAAAGAAGCUUUGAAAAGAGGAUGCCAAUGGCGGCCUUGUAGCAAACAGUAGGACCACGUGUAGAUCUGUGGUCAGUGCAUAGACAGACCGUCAUGGCUGGGUGCACUGCUAAUGAUCGUGAUGUGUGAUGGUUUCAAGUUACAUAUCCGCCCCCCCUGGACCCCCCAACCCUCUGUUUCCAUUGGAUGGGCACAUUAGUGGACUAAUCUCCAUGAUUUUGCUAAUAAAAGAGCUGCUAUGGUAAAACCAUGGCAGCUUAUGCAACAAA